AUGGUGGACGUCUCACCCGGAACGGUGCCCCCCCAGCCGGGAACCCCGGCCACCCCCGCAGGGGGGUGGCGGCAGCAACCUCCGCCGUCGCGACCCCAGCCUCAGCCCCCAGUCAAGGGAUCCGAGGAGGGAGAGACGCAGCCGGGUCUGGCCAGGAAGGAGCGGGCGGGCGAAGAACCCCGGAGCAGAGGCGGCGCUUCCCUCAGGGAUGCGGCGAAGAGGAAGCAGCGCUCUGCACGGUGGGGGCGGGCGGGGAGGUGCCGAGCCCAGGCUCCGGGUGGCGGCGGCGUGGUCCUGCCGGAGCCCAGCCCACCAUCUCCCGCCUCGCCGCCGACUGCCCGCUCAGUCCUCGGCGACGACCGGGUCCCUCCUCAGGAACUAGCAGAACGGAGCGACGGGCCCGCGGCGGCAGCGGAUUCCUCUAGACACGCUCCAGUCUGCACUCCUCCUAAACCGGGAGGAGGGGGCGGCGGGGAGCGUGUGAGGCGGGGUGAAGGCCAGCCGAUGGCCCCCCACCUGGGCCGGGCGAAGAGAAAAGCGGGCGGGCCACUGGGGGCCGGGUCUCAAAAAGCGGCGGGAGAGCGAAGAGAGCAGCCCAGGUUCCCCAGCCAGCCAAUGCCCACCAGCAGCUCCGCGGGCCAGCUCCUCACGCCCGUGGGUGGGGAGUCGUGA